ACCUUGCGUUGAAUUUCGAUCAGCAAUUUGACGUCACUUCUCGCAGACGAAGCCAUUUUGGAAAAGCCGACCCAUUUCACACAUCAUAACAAGCGGAAUCUAUAACUUUUCUUCAAAGAUAGGCAGAACCUGCUGUAAUAAUUGACAUUCUAUCAUGAGUACCUUGACUCAAAGAGGUAGUACUUUAAUUCAAAGACACACAGGUGGAGGAUCUAAAGGAGCAGAAGGGGGAAAAUCAAGUAAUGAAGCGGACGAAGAUCCGUUUCGUGAAGAAGAAGAUGACUGCGAAUCAAAAGAAACGAGAUUAACAUUGAUGGAAGAAGUUUUAUUAUUGGGUCUGAAAGACAGAGAGGGCUACACAUCAUUCUGGAAUGACUGUAUAUCAUCAGGGCUAAGAGGUUGUAUGCUAAUAGAACUUGCAUUGCGAGGAAGGAUAGAACUAGAAAAGACCGGAAUGAGGAGGCGGAGCUUACUCAAUAGGAAAGUUAUACUACUCAACGAUGCCCAAACUGGUGAUGUCCUCCUAGAUGAGGCUCUCAAACUAAUAAAAGAAACAGAUCCUCCAGAGACAGUUCCAACCUGGAUAGAACUGCUAAGUGGUGAAACAUGGAAUCCAAUGAAACUACGCUACCAGCUCCGGAACGUUCGAGAACGACUUGCAAAGAAUCUAGUAGACAAAGGUGUACUGACCACAGAGAAACAAAACUUUGUUCUCUUUGACAUGACCACACAUCCUGUAACAGACAGCGCAAUCAAGCAACGCAUCAUUAAGAAGGUCCAAGAGUCUGUGCUGAACCGGUGGCCUAACGACCCUGCUAGGUUUGAACGGCGAAUGCUUUCCUUACUAUACCUUGCUCAUUCUUCAGAUGUCCUGGAAAAUGCUUUCGCUCCAUUAUCAGAUGAGGAAUAUGAGGUGGCCACGGGGAGAGUGAGGACCUUACUGGAAACUGACCCGGAAGCACAGUGUCAGAAGCCGAAUAGUAAUGACCUAAUGUGGGCCGUCAUAGCGGCUUUCAUUAAGUGAUUCCUCUUCUGAGGUGCCUUCACCAUGAACUACUUGUAUUAGCUGAAGUGAAAGACCUACUUCCCGUAACACAAUUCAAACUGAAAGUCUAUAUUCAUUGUCUCAGCCUUCCUUGAUAGAAGCCCUCUAUGAGCUGGAAGCAAUGGAUCCCUUUGUCAUUGACAUACACCUCUCGCGAAGCAGACAUGGACACAGACAUGGACAUCAUCAUGUUUUGGGGCGAAAAGGCAAAGCUGAAGUGACAAAGCUUCUACUGCCUGUAACACCAUCAAACAAACAUGGCUACCUUCAAACUGAAAGUCUCUCAACCUUUAUUGAUCAAUGCCCUUUAAGAGCUUUUGGGGAUGGAUCUCUUUGCCAUUCACACAUAAGUAGACAGGGGCACCUCCAUAUGAUUAUGCUGCUUUGGGGGAAAAAUUUUGUAUCCUGAUACUGUAAUCUUAUCUUUAUUUAUACUUUUUUUUUAGUGAAUGCAUGCAUUCCAGGAAAAUCUCAGCUCUGCAUUUACUCCUCAUCCAUUGGAGAGCUGUGUAUUAGUGAUGUCCAAACAACUUCCAUUCUUUGGUCAGGUGUCCUCUUGGGAGCAAAGUUUUGUCUGCAAAAUGUUCACAUAGGAUUCCUGUUGAGAUUAAAUGUUGCAUGGGAAUCAAAUCAAAAUUAUAGAAUCAAAUUCUAAACCUUACUAUUAGAGAGAGUGGGGGGGGGGGCAAACCUUGGCGCAUUUUGAAAAAUGAAAUAAUGAACAUUUUCUGACUGAAAAAAUAACCCUUUCUUGGAAUUUCAGCAGGGUAAGUCGGCUAGUCGCGCAUUGUUCUUCAAAGGAUCCUGAAAAUGGUAUGCAUGCAUCCAAAUUGAUGCACUUGUACCAAUUUAUGAUUUUUUUAGAAAUGAAUAAUGAUACCUUGUAAAUUAAAAAUAAACCUGAGAAGCUCUAAUUCUGGCAUCGUAUAAAUCACCAGUAAAAUGUAAAUCAAUAAAAGAAGAAGAUAAAACCAUUGAAUAUGAGACUUGAAUGACCCCAAAGUCAGAAAUCUGUUCUGUGCAUGACCUAUUCUGUGUCAGUUUGUGUUUAAUAAGUACAAUGCACACCCAACGAGGCAUGGUAGUGCUCAAGCUUUUUUUAUUCGCAAUAUGUUUUUGCUUUUUGUAGAAGUUUUGAGUUCUACAAAAAUAUAUAUUUUAUUUUGCCUUAUGUUGUGGAUACUCUUCGAACGAGCAAAAAUGAUUUUGUGAUGUAUACAGUAUAGUCAUGAAAUGUGUGACAGUUAACCCUUUGGACACUGAAUGAUUUCGUAUAACACAUGUUUUCCAUAGACUCCAGUCCACAUUCAUGCAGGCGUAGUCUCCAUUGGGUUAACGUGGAAAGGAAUUUAUCAGUUAGUGUGAAGAAGACCAGAUUUCUGUACAUACAAUAUUUUAUUCCAAUUCUUCUGAAAACAAUAUAGUAUGUAUUUGAUGAAGGAUUGGAGAUGAAUGUUAGAAUAUUGCUUUCUUGUGUUGUACAACAUAAUAGUAACAUAGUUUUAACAAUUAUAUGAUUUUUUUCAUUUUGUAUGAAUUCAUUUUCCGUGGAAUAGAUAAAAGGGGAGUUAAGAGCUGUGUAUUUGUAUUUCUCACUUGUUUGUUUGACAUUUAUGUGAUAUAUUUUGAAUAUAUAUGUUUUAGGUCAGAUUUAUUUUUACAAUUGCAUCAUGUAGAGUGCUUAGAAUAAUCCCUCAGCAUUAUUUUUGCUCUUUUUAUUUUGGUUAUUUUUCAAGCUUCUUUAUUGUUCAUUUUCUGUUGGAAUCAGUUUCUUUUGUAAUUAAUGUCUUAAAAGAAAAAUGUUCCUCCUAAGAAUAAGAUUGUGCUCUCUGGGAUAAUAAAAGAAAUGCCAGUAUGGCUAUUAAGGGUUGACUCCUCCUCUAGGUGUGCAUAAAUAUUGUUUCCAAUGUAUAAGAUGUGCACAUUGAUAUGUCGUCCCCCGAAAUAUCUGCAAAUGAAGAAACCGUAUCUUGAUGCCACGUGUCGUAAUGUUUCAGUCUCCAUGCAACCCACGUGACUUUUUAAUAGACACAUCAUACAUGAGUAGUGGGUUCAUAGAUAUUCAAUGAGCAUGUAGGCAGAAGCAAUUGAUAUCAACCUACUGGUAUGUACAUGUACAUGCAGGUAGUGCUUUGAGUAUUGUAAAUUAGUUGUCAAAAAGUUGAGUUGACAAAUGCUUUGGGAGUCAUUUCCAUCAAGGGUUACAUGUAGGAUAUGGUUCAGAAUUUGGGAUGGUUUUGGGGAUUAGAUAUGAUUUCAGUGGUCAGUACAAGAUAUAAGGCAGGAUAUAGGCAUUAGUCAAGUUUAUCAGUCGAGUGUCUUCCAUUACUUAUUACUCCCAUCAAGUUCUUGUAAAGUGCUAUGUUCCUGGAUCUGGAUUCAAUCUAUGCCGGUUUUACAAAUGCAACAUGUAAAUGUGAUUGAAAUCUCUCCCAUAUACUUCUACAUUCACACCAAUGGUAUGCCAUUGGAAAUAAUGUAAUAACUUUGGUCGGUUUCGCUGGUGUCACUGUGUCAUUUUUAUUUCGCAUCAAAGCAACAUGUAUUCCUUGGAGCUUUGGUUGCUCAAUCACUAACAGUCCAAUCCCCCCCAUGGCCGUACGCAGACAUUUUUUGUUGAAAGCGAGGGAGCAAACCGAGCUUGUCAUUGUGGUGUUUUUGCAUUUUGUCAAGUGAAAUGAAGGAUUUGGUGCAUACUUAUGGUGAAUUUUGUGAUUCAAUUCAAUUCAGUUCAAUUUUCAGUAAAAAAAAUGUAAGUUUUCAAAAUUUCUGGGGGGGAUGCAACUGCUCUCCUGCCCCACCCCUGCUGCGUAUGGCCAUCCCCCCACGGCAAUAUGCCCUAUUUUGUUUUGCUGCCAAACAACUUGUUUGAGAUACUCCCUACUUUAACAAAAGGAAACAAAACAAGUGCAAUUUCCUGUGAAAGAGCAAAAUAUCUCUUGUCAUUUGCAGAGAUACCAAUGCAUUAGCAUGACCAGCCCUAUUUCAUUGCAGGAUAAGGGUUUUUCUAUGAAAUUUGGCAUGGAAGAAGAAAUUUAUUUGUAAAAUACGAACAAAUCAAAACUCAAUUAUUUAUCACUUAUUUCCUUUUGUCAAAGAAGUCUGUAAUAUUGUUUACUCUUGUUUUUUUGUUGCGUGAAUGCUACAAGUCUUGGUUGUGUUUUUUUUUCCUUCUCAAAUAUAUGUUGGACCAACAGAAAUACUUUGUGACUGCUUACACUGCUUUUGUUACUAUUGGGCAAUUCCAUAAAAUAUGUACGUCCUACCCCCUAUAUGUGGGACGUUCAUUAAAUUCUCUGUCUCUGAUUUCUUGUUCUUUUGACAGUCUGUAAUGCUCUCAAAUGACCAUGACUUGGUCAGUUUAUGAGUACAAAGAGGUUGAUUAUUUAAUGGAAUUGCCACAUUGUAACAUGCUGUAAAUUGGUUGUAAGGACCUUCAGUUGGUAUACAUGUACUUAACCUCAGAGACCCUGUAGUUUUGUACUUUUUGGCGAUGGUGAUGAAAGAAAUCUUAUUAUUGACAUUGAUAUAUUGCAAUUGAUGAUCACUAUUGUGAGCAAUUCCGAAUGGAACUAAAAUUGUAAUUGGAAUGAAUAUGGAAAAUUAACAUUGUAAUUGGAAAUUGAAUAUUAUAUUUUGUAAUACAUUGCCCCCCCCCCCCCAUCAAGAUACAUCAGGGCCCCAUUUCAAAAAGACUUAAAAAGCACAAUUUCCAUGACAAGAUUAAUGUCAGCAAAUCAAAUUGAUUUUUUUUCAGUUGCUUUAAACUGUUAUUGAAAAUUUGUUACCCUAACAGGUUUUAUUAAAUAGGGCCCCAGGAUAACAAGUGAUCACAUUUGCCCCCCCAUCCCUUGCUACCGAACAAAAAGUUAUAAUUGUUGCUACUUAUAGGUGGUACGUAUUGUAGGCUUCUACUUCAAUGUAGAAUCCAUCAAUGCGUCCUGCUCCCGGUCUUACAAAGAGUUAUGAUCCACUGGCGGAUCCAGGGGGGGGGGGGGGACACAUCUAGCCUGUGCCCUCCAUUUAGAGCCAUAAUAAAAGAUUUUGAUGUAAAAAUGCAGACCCCACAAGUUUUCCGUCUCAUAUGACCUGUGUUCGAGAUUGUUCCGUAGGCUACUUUGUAGUUUUUGAGGCAAAGUUCUUAAUAAUUGCUUGAGCCCUUUUCUAUCUGAGGAAACGAGUGGUUGGUAAUGGGAUUCAUGGAAAUGUGACUCUCUAAUUUUCUUCUGUAAUAUUAAAUGUUAAAAAAAUUGGUAUAUACUUAUGGCACAUUGAAGUAUGAAAUAUGUAUGAACAUUCAAAUUCUAAAUUGUCUGUUCCGAUCAUGUCUAGUUUGAAACUUCAACAAGGCUGUCAAUUUGAUGGUAACUUGAUUUUUGUUCAAUUUGCCUGAAAAAGAUAUAUAGAGUUAUACAAAUUAUGAAACUGAAUGGUCUGAUCUUGAUAUGCAUGUCCCUAUGACAAAAUGUGAAGGGCCUGCAAGCAAUAUAAACUCCUCAAAAAAAGUUUGGAAAUCUGACUUUGAUCGAUAAUCCCUCCUUGGUUUUAGUAAAUAUCAAUGUGUGAUUAAUAUCAAUGAAUAGAUCAUUUAAUUUUCUUUAAAAUGAUACCCUACAUGAUAUGAUUAUGGUUCACAUGGAGGCGCAGUGCCUUGAAAUGUGGGGCAAGGUCAAAAUUCAAAAGUUGCAAAAUGACACAAUAUUGAAAGUCACUGUUCUUUUUUCCGCAGUGAUGAGUGAGUUUCUCAGCGGUUUCUUUUGACUUUGAUCGAUAAUCCCUCCUCAGCUUUAGUAAAUAUCAAUAUGUAAUUAAUGUCAAUGAAUAGAUCAUUUAAUUUUCUUUAAAAUGAUACCCUUCAUGAUAUGAUUAUGGUUCACAUGGAGGUGCAGUGCCUUGAAAUGUGGGGCAAGGUCAAAAUUCAAAAGUUGCAAAAUGAAAGUCACUGUUCCUUUUUUUCCGUGGUGAUGAGUGAGUUUCUCAGCGGUUUCCUUUAAUUGUUUUCAUGCACCAAUCAAACACACAUCUGCACAAGCAAACACAUAAGAAACAAACAAACAUGCAUGGGUAUUUCAAACCACAACUCAAACCAUGUUUUCUCACAGAACCAUCACUACAUAAACCACAACAAAACAUGAAUAAAGAAGGAGGGGCUUGAUUUGAAUGGAUUUUCAUCUCUAUUGACACAGACAAAAGAAUCAUGUUCUGUAUUGACCCUUCAUGACUAUUUCUGCUCGUUUUGCAGCUUUUCAAUUCAGACCUUAUCCAACACUUUUGAAUCCUGCUCUUUUCGUGAUGGCAUGAUCAUAACAAGCAUGGUAUCAUUUUAAAGAGAAUUAAAUGAUCUUUUGAAUGGUAUCAAAUAUGCAAUGUGUAAAAUUAGGAGUUGGGAGAAAUUAAUGGCCGAACUCAGAUUUCCAAACUUGUUUUUGCUUGUUUUGCAGCUUUUCAAUUCAGACCUCAUCCAACACUUUUGAAUCUUGCUCUUUUCGUGAUGGCAUGAUCAUAACGAUCAUAGUAUCAUUUUAAGAGAAUUAAAUUAUCUUUUAAAUGAUGUCAAAUAUGCAUUGUGUAAAAUUGGAAGUUGGGAGAAAUUAAUGGCCAAACUCAGAUUUCCAAACUUUUUUUGAGGGGUUUAGAUACAGUUGUGCUCGGAAUUUAGUGAACCCCACCAGAAAAUGAACAUAUUAAAAGUGUUCAAGUUCUGCCAUGUUUUAGAUAUUUAAUUGUGAAGUCAGGUGAUAAACUAUUGCAUUCAAUAGAGUUUGUUUCUCUAAUCUCGCCAAACAUUGUAUUGUCUACAUUCAACUCUCAGCAUGAAGGAGUGCAUUUUGUGGUGGGGUUCACGAGCUUUUGAGCACAACUGUAUAUCGCAACAAUAAGUUUAGGCUACUUGAAUAUUGAUGAAUGAAAUCUUGAUUUGUAUAUGACUGUAUAGAAGAAGGAAGUAUAUAUAUAGAUACUUAUCCUAGGUUUGCUUUUAUUUUAAGAUUUACUUUUAUUUUUAAACAAACUCUGGAAGAAAUAUUUCUGUACAUAGGUCCCUAUUUAUUUUGUUUUUAGAUUAUGGUUUUGUCAUCCAUCAUUUAUCUGUGCCUAAUUCAGUGAUGAAUAAUGUUCAAUUUUGAUGCCUCCUACGUUUUAAAGCAGUAAUGGCCUGUGUAUUUAUUUGUACAUCUGUUGACAAAGCAUUUUUCUACCUUAAAUGUAAACAAACUUCAAGUAGCUUGUUCGUGUGAUGGAGGAAAGAUUUAAUUUUUCCAUUAGAGCAGCUUUUAAAUUCUGUUAUUACAUAAAAUCAUAUCCAGUAAUUGAAUUAUGAUUUUGACAUCAAGAGCUGAAUUGUCGAAAAUGUAUUUGUUAUAGAAACGUUGGUAUUUCUACAUCUCCCUUUGGUCGAUAAAGAAAUGAUAAUCUUGUUACGACAAGAAUGGAUGGUCUUUAUUGAAAUGUGGAGGUGAGAAGUAGUUAUUUUGAGGGGCAUUGUUCAGAUGUAUUAUGGUUUUAACUUUUUUUUUCUUUUUUUAACUGGCCAUCCUUUUUUUCUGUAAAAUGUAAACUGUAAAAUGUUAGGCCAUGGAAUAUUUUGAGAUAAUACAAAUUUCUGUCUACAUUGUACAUCCUAUAAAUAACUCUACAUGUUUUGACCUGCUAAUUGCUGGAUUGCUAUUGUUACUGUCACUUUCUACUCGCACAUCAGGGGCCUGUCUUACAAAGAGUUGCGAUUGAUCCGAUCAAUUGCAACUAUGGAAAGCCAGCAAAGUCAACAUAUAAAAUGCAUGUUUGUUUAAAAAAAAUUCUAGAUAUGAAUUUAUAUCCAUAAAUUCAUUGAUUUAUUGACAAUUUGGUGUGAACCUCCUUUGUUUACAAAGGACAUUUUGCAAAUUUCCUGUAGAAAAAAUUAUGACACUGAUGGAUUUCCAUAGAGUUACGAUUGAUUGGAUCAAUUGUAACUCUUUGUAAGACGGGGCCAAGGGGUAUACAUAUUCCAACAAAAUGGCGGUCUUCUAGUUGAAUUCAUAGCAAGUUUAUAAUCCUGCAUUCUAAUCACACCCGGGUCCCAGUAACACAAAACGUAGUAAUUGGUUUGUACAGUGGAUUGCACGUAAUGAUCAAUGUAAUAAGCUUAAAAACCAACACUACGAUCAGGGUUUGUGUAACAGGGCCCAUUGGAGCAUCUGUUAGAAGCUACUGAAAUCCUUGUAUCUAAUUGGCUGAGACUAAUUGUGUCCGCAAAAAGCACAGACGACAUGUUCCAUGAAUCACUUCCCAGAUAGAGUUUGAACAUGACCAGGGCCCCGUCUUACAAAGAGUUACGAUUGAUCCAAUUAAUCGCAACUAUGGAUGGCCAGCAACGUCAACAUGUAUUAUUACUGUUCAAAAUAUUUUCAAACUAUGAUGUAUAUUCAUGCAUUCAUUGUUACUUGAAAAAUCACUGUGCUUUUCUUUGUUUACAAAGGACAUUGUGCAAAUUUUCUAUAGAAAAAAUUAUGACACUGAUGGAUUUCCAUAGAGCUACGAUUGAUUGGAUCAAUCGUAACUCUUUGUAAGAUGGGGCCCAGGGUCCCAUAACCAAGCGUAGUGAGUGAACAUGGUACUGAUUUCUAUGAUUGAUUGAAUCAAUUAUUGUGUAUGAUCAAUCGUAAAAAUUAGCCUCACAAUCAACCACUAAGCUUUAUGCUACCGGGUCUAGCUAAUAUUGCUCAAACCCUCAUGCAUCCCACAAUGAGGGUUUGUUUGCACACUCAGUUCAUGUGUGUAUACUUCUGAUCUAACUUAAAUGCCAAUGUAUGUGAACUAUAGAUUGGUUCACAAUCUGUGUAAUGUCUGUAUUUACAUGUCAUAAACUCCAUUGUGAUAGUCCACGUGAGAUGAAAUGGGUGAUUGUAAAAAUCUACUAACGGAUGUUUUCAAUAAAAUAUUUUAAUCUGAAGUAUAUCAACUGCAAA